AUGGCCAGCACCUCACGCAAGAAACCUCGACUUGCACAGCGCACCACUGAUGGGCCAGCUUCGGGCUACGCGCCCAAAUGGACUCAUCCCAACGGCAACACUCCUCCUAGCUUGUCAAUCAACAAUGUGCUCGGCUCACGGCUCACCCUCCUCCUCGGCACGACUAGGGCAUACAACAUUCACCAUGGUGUCGGCGGGUUCGUUAUCGUGGCAGGCGCGUACCUCGGCAUCAGUGCCGGCUUUUUCUGGACCGCCCAGGGCUCCCUGCUGCUCGCCUACCCCACCGAGCAGCAGAAGGGCAUGUUCAUCGCCAUCUUCUGGUUCAUCUUCAACCUCAGAGGUGUCAUUAGCGCUGCCACGGUCUCCCUCGGCGAAAACUUCGACAACACCUCUAACAGCGUCGCCAAUGGGACAUCGCUCCUGCUCGCCCAGCCGCCGCGCACCCUCCGGGAAGUGCGCGCGCGCGCCACCGGGUACCCUCCGGGGGGCACGUGCACACCAUGA